CCGACUGCAGUAGCCCGGCAUCCGUCGGCGCCGCGGCCAGGACGAAAGCUUCGUACACACGCAGACUUCGCUCCGCUGUAGGAGGUCUGCCGAUGGAAGCUCGUCGCUGAAAGCGCACGCUAUGCGGACCCCGUCGUGAUCUAGGAAUCGCGGGACGGUACACCGUUUCUUUAUUUCUUCGCCUCACCCUUCGCGCUUUUCAUCCUUCUUCUCUUUCGCGCCCCAAUUUAAUCAUCCUUCAGCAGCGGGCCAGGGCGUCGUGACGAAAGCGUCGCAGUGAUUCGCGUAUCGCGGAGACAAAUGUGCACGGUGAACAGCAGUGUGACAUAGUGCGCGGAAGUAGGAGACGAAGAGAUCGGCAGGAGGGCAGAGGAGCGAGGAACGCGGGAAGAGGAGGAGCAGAAGGUGGAUGAUGAUGAUGAGGGGGCACAGGAAGAGGGCGCCGAGCCCUGAUGCAUUCGCAUCUUCUACAUAGGGGAUCGUUCCGUCUCUUCGACGUCCGACGUCUGACGACGAGCAGCAGGCACGCCGAGGACGACGGCGGCGACGACGACGACGGCGGCGACGACGACGACGACGACGACGACGACGACGACGACGACGGCGACGACGACGACGACGACGACGACGACGACGACGACGACGACGACGACGACGACGACGACAACGACGACGACGACGGUGGCGAAGACGUCGCUUAGGAGCCUCCAGCACAAAACCAGCACUGCCGUUUGUUCUCCGAGAUGGCGGACGAAAAGGAGAAGCAGACGUUCUUGCAGAAGCUGCUGUUCUACACGACCGCGUUCUUCAUCCUCCUCAGCACCUUCAGCCUCUUCGCCUUCCUCUUCUUGGUCCCCUUCGUUAUCGACCCCGCCUUCACCACUAUCUUCAUGCAGUUCGACACUCGACCCGCCGAGUGUGUUACCAUCGACGUUGAGUCCAGAAGAGGUACGAGCAAUUGCUCAUGGACAUCCUGUAGAGAGGGUUGCACUAAGGAACUGUACGAUUGCACGCAAAUACGCGUCAACUAUAAGCUACCGGAAAACAAGUCCGAGGGGACGGACGGGGAAGGCGGAGCGGUAGGAGGUGUCGAGGACGACGAAGAGAACAAGCGGAUGCCUCGUUACGAGCGUUCCUUAGGCGAGUACAACAUCGAGGACGUCAACGAGAAUUUUGCCAUGGAUGAUGAGAACGGACUGCCGAAAUCUUUCCCUACAGGUCUCAUGGGCAACGACUCCGUGUGGUACUUCACCGGGGCCAAGCUGUUCCCCAACGUAAAAGGCUGUGGAUACCCUCCAAUGCUGAAUUGCAGUAUUUUCUACCGGCAGUACGCCAACAUAGGGCAGAACUUUAGCUGUUACUACUCGAAAGUGGAUCCCGGGAUAGUCAUCAGCGACCUCGACAUGUGGCAGGUGUAUAUGAACCUUGUGUACGCGAUGGCGAUUCCGAUACCGUCUUUCAUAAUCUCGGUGAUAUACCUCACCAUCGCCUACUUCAAGAUCUACAACGAAGACGAGGUAGCCCUCGUAGGUGGCGAAGAGGGUAGAGAUGAGGAAGGGAUAGAAGGGGAAGAUGACGGUACACCCUUGCCACCCACUAGCGGUGCAUUGACGCCCGGAAGUGAAGCCUUCAGGGAGGAUUUGGCGAGCUUCGGGCACCAACUCAAGGUCGCAAUGGCCGACGACAUCAGCAGGGAAAGUCUUGACGGGAUUCCUAACUCGCUCUCCAUUCAGGGAAACUUGAGCAAGACGAUGACGACGAGUAUCUCAACUCCCCCUGGGCCGACGGCAGCAGUUUGAAGCGACAUUUUCAAGGUCUGAAUAAUAUCUCGUGGAGACCACAUUAGGCGAUAUCAUCGCCACCCGUGAAGAAGCAAGGCCGUCACAGUGGCCGAAGCUUUCUUGACCGAAUGAUGGAGCCAAGGAGUUAUCUUUCUGUCUCAGGAUCGACUAAAAUCCACCCUCGCGAUUCGCAGAGUGAACCAGAGGUCACAACACUCGGUACAACUCUCUCGAGCAACUCAAAUCGUACGCGAAUACACGGCGAUUCGAGGGAACCUCUUUGACGAAUCUGCCAUUUCUCUAUCGUAAAUCUGUCCCCGUUACAAGCGCCGACUGUACUUGCGAGUGUCACGACGGUAUUUCGUGACGUACUUUUUCCUACUCGAUAAUAGCUCAAUAAUUGCGAAGUCGCGCGCAUUGAUAACUCUGCCGCAGUUCGUGCCAGAGAUGCCAGCAGUCCCUCUCAAACGCAAUGCUCGUACGCGCCAGAAAAGUUCUUCGUUUGCUGCAACGUUUAAACGUUGGCACGCGGCCGCCGUUAUUUCGCGCGCCAGAUUGAUUUACCUCGCACGAUGCCUUCUUCGUAGCUUGUCUAAGUGCGAUUCACGAUCCGAAAUCCAAUUCGCGAAUCUCGUGCCUGUAUAUCGCAUUAUCGUAAACACGAAGAAUCUGUCCUUACUGUCGUAUAUUUAGCGUUCGGGUACACCGUAUAUUUUUAAACGAUUUUCCACGAUGUAUCCGCGACGGUAGGCGAUCGUUCUGUGUAAAAGAGGAAAUAAAUCGGUUACUUUGGCACAAGUCCUAAAAAACUAAAAUCGUGAAUCUUAUUAGUGUAAAUGUAUAAAUAAUCAAAAGUUAAAAAUUUAUUUACAACAAAUUAUACUGCCUCUGCAAGAUAUCCAUUCUGAAACGAAACGUCUUUACUCUCACGUGGCUUCACGAUGCAGACAUUAAAAAAAAAAGACAACCAAUUUUUUCUACCACUCUCUACAUUCGUCAACUGAUUGAAUUUCGAAGUUAUUGGACUCGUGUCAUUCUCAAAACGACUGAUGUAAACUUGCAACGAAGCGCAUACCGAGUACACGCUCCCUCUGGUUCACUCAACAAUACUUGAACGGACGUCCAUCCGAAGAACGCAGAGGAGGGAGAAAAAGCACGUGGCGAGGUUCUACUCGCGGCAUCACGCGCUGUCUUGUAUAUUAAAGUCUCGAGUUAGCUAUGGACUUAAAGACCUUAAUAAUCAGUAAAAACUAUGAGCUAAAUACCAUUACACGUUACAAGUAUUAUCAGGUAAUUCGCUUGCUGUGUGAUCAUGAUGCGUCCACUCGUGUGCAUCGUUAGACACUUUUAUCAGACACACCGACGACACUACGUCCGUACCACUUUUAUCUGGCGACACGCUUUUGCAAGUAAAAACGCGCGAUUCGCAAAGUGUCCACUCCCGCACCCCGUUGCGGCCUCGUCCAUGUUCUAUGAUCUCCACACGCACAAAUUCUAACGUUUUUCAGGUACCUGACCGACACGCACGAAGAAACGUACGGUACCUUCGCGAGUCUUACGACUACUACAUAUGCGCAUUUAAAUCGAUAGGAGUGCACAAGACGAAGAAACGUUUGGUGUACAAUGCGAAAAAGGUUUAAAAGAAAAGAAAGAGAUAAAACUGAGAUACGGCUCGUUUUUAGAUGCGCUAUUCCUUCGGAAAGAAACAAAAAGAAAAAAUAGGUGUUGAGAGCAUAAUUAAAAUGAGCAGAUCUGUCGCUACUAAAUGGCUAAUAUAAUUUUUUUUCAACAUGUAUCAUUUGUAUAAUUUUGACAUUGUAUUUGACAAGAUUGAGCUACUCUGCAUAUAAGUUUUAAUGGGCAUUCCGUACCCUUAAAGGGUGAAACAUACUUGGAGCCCAAUGGUUUAAAAUAAAAAUCAUUAUCUCGAUAAUAUCAGUCGUAAUGAGCUUCGUGCUACUCCUCGGGACGGCUUUAAAAAGAACUUUGUCUUAUUAUCGUCUCAAUGUCGGCCGUGAACGUAAUUAGCUGUAUGCUACGUUAUGAUUUUAGCGUUAACAUCGCCCGUGAUAUCGACCAAACGCUUGCCGCAUGGAAACUGGGAGCCUGGAAGUACCCAGUAAUACUUCGAAAUGUUAGUGAGCAUUUAGUUAUAGCGUUUAUAUCGAAACUUUGAAUAUUUUACUAAAAAUGUAUAAAUUUAUUUGUAAACUUUGCAUGCUUAAACAUAUUGGUGUUCAAGGAUGCAAAGUUUACUAAUAAAUUUAUACACUUUCAUGCGGCAAUAAAUGCGGGCGAGAUGCGAAAAAGACCAUAUGUAAUUAUCGCUCGACAUCGGUUUAUUUCUGCGAUCAUACACACACCGAGCAAUAUCCACACACGUACACGAUACACGGUAAAAGGCACAUUCUACACACAUCGGAUAAUCUAUGAAGAAAAAAAGAUAAUUGAAUUGUUUUUAUGGAUUAAGAACAAGUUGUCUGUGAUCUACAAUAAUUAAAAGAAUAUUAAUAAGUAUUAACAGAUAAAAGUAUAAUUGAGAUAAUAUCGAUAAUGUUGAAAGAUGGGGGGAAAGAAUUAAACAAAGGACGAUCGGAUUUUAUUGGUACAAGUUGAGCGCAGGUUUCUCGAGGCAUUGGUUGAGCAAUACAAUAGUAAAAAAAGAAAUAAAAUAUCGCAUAAAAAAAAAUUUAAGAUCACCGCAAAGAAAUUUUAGAAGAAACAGAGAAAUAUAUUAUAUAAAUUACAACAAAUAGAGACUUAUACGAUAGAGCACGCAACGUGUGAACAUUUAAAUCGCUACUGUUAAUCUGUACUAACUUGCGAUAUAAAAAAAACAAAGGUGCGUGCUGCGUUCGGAUAGUACCAAUAAAAAAAUAUAUAUAAGUUAUAUUAUAUGGCACUUGACCGUCGCGGCUAAAAGUAUAUAGGAUUAGAUAGAUUUAUAGAAGCGCAAAACACCAAAAAUCGUUCCUUCCACCCGCUCCGGCCGUGUAUUCGAUUUUAAAUAUAUUGCAUCUCAUAUGUAAAGUCAAAGCUCUGUGAAUUUAUAAAAGCGCACCUCAGACUGCAAUUAGCAUCGUCAUCUUAUGAUUAUGAGAUGAAGGUAAGGCACUAUAUAUAUAUUUACAUAUAUGUAUAUACGCCUGUAUCAUCACCGAAUAAUAAGUUAUUCAAUGAGUGUUGCGAAAAAUAUUCGAGAUAAUUUUUCUACAGUUCUGGCACACACGAGAGGAAUGCGCAACAUCAUCGUCGUCUUUAUAUUUAUGUACAUUUCAAUUAUUAUAAAUUUUUCAAUAUUAUUAUCAAACUAUGAUCGAUUUCGUGUGAAAGUGUAUAUGGCUUUUUCUGCGGUUAACAAUAAAAUGUUUUGUCAAAGCUUU